AUAUAUAUAUAUGGCAGGAUCAGUCACAAGGAUCAGCAAGUGCAGUUCAUGUAGCAGGAGUGGUUACAUGGACAUGCCCCCUGGUUUUAGAUUCCAUCCAACUGAUGAAGAGAUUGUAAACUAUCUCAAAGAGAAGGUUCUCAAUCCCAACUUCAAAUCAAUAGCCAUUGGAGAGGUUGAUUUGAACAAGUGUGAACCAUGGGACCUUCCAAGUAAUGCUAAAACAGGACAGAAAGAGUGGUAUUUGUUCUGCCAGAAGGAUAGGAAGUAUCCAACUGGGAUUAGGACUAAUAGAGCUACAGAGGCUGGCUUUUGGAAGGCCACUGGGAAAGAUAGGGAGAUAUAUACAGACAGAGGAGGCUUGUUGGUUGGCAUGAAGAAGACUCUUGUUUUCUAUAAGGGUAGGGCUCCUAAAGGGAUGAAGACUAAUUGGGUCAUGCAUGAGUUUAGGCUUGUUGCUCAACCUUCAUUGACAAAAUCCAUAAAGGAUGCAUGGGUUGUUUGUAGGGUGUUCCAAAAGAAAGAAAGCAUGAAGACUAAAAACUCAAUGAUUGACUUGGUGGAUGAUGAACAUCUUGAUCAAAAUGAGAGCUUAACCCUUAACAAUAAUAAUCACUUGAUCAAUCCAUCCACUAAGACUGUUUCAACCCAAAUUACUGAUACUGCAAUGGUGAAUCCUCAUGACCACUACUACUUGAAUGAUCAAGAACAAGGAAAACUAAUUGAUGAACCAACCACAAUGAAAAUGCUGUGCAAGUUGGAGCAAAUUUCUACAUGCCAGUCUAUGAUCACUGCAUCACAUGAUGCAGGAGUAGUGCUGAGUCCUGAGACUAACACCGAAAUCUCGUCGAUGAACCUAGAGAACAACUUCAUCAGCAAUUGGUUCUUCAACUAUCCUUAUUACCAAGAUCUGGACAACUUCUUCAACUACUGAUUGGACUUAACCUGAAAGACUUCAUUAUAUAAAUUAAUUUUUCAUAAGUUAUGUGAAUCUUAGUUUUACAAGGAAGAACAUAAAUAUAUAGCUCUUUUUUUUUUUUUAAAUUUCUUUGUAGUUAAGGAGUUGA